AUGUGUAAUCCAAACGACACCCAAUCCGCUUCGGCAGUCCCCGAACAGAAUGAAGGCCAUCUCGAUGACUUCCCAUGGCACAUUGGCGUCUGCGAUGCCCAUUGCCACCCGACCGACACCAUGUCCUCGGUUGCCAGCGUAGGCAGCAUGCGUGUUCGUGCUCUGACCAUCAUGGCCACACGUUCACAGGACCAAGAUCUCGUCGCUACGGCCGCGGUCAAGAACCCUAUACGAGACCGCUCGGUGCUUGCUUCGCCUGCAAAGCAAGACACCCCCGACAAAAUCAUCCCCGCCUUCGGCUGGCACCCUUGGUUCUCCUACCAACUCUACGACGACACCGAGACCAGCACAGCAUCCCCUGAAACCACCGACCAACACAAAACCCAGCACUACCGCUCGGUACUCUCCCCCCAACCUGACGACGCCUUCAUCGCGUCCCUCCCCAACCCCAUCCCACUCAGCUCCUUCCUCGCCGACACCCGGCAGCGCGUGCUCGAUGCCGGCACCGCGCUAGUUGGCGAGGUCGGGCUAGACAAGGCGUUCCGGCUGCCAUGGCCGUGGGGAAUAAAAGACCCUGCAGCGGCCGCCGAGCAUACCACAACCACCACCGAAGCCGAGGCCGAGGCCGAGGCCAGCGCCCCCUCGCGUCGCGACGAGACGCUGACGCCGGGGGGUCGUGAGGGCCGCAUGCUGAGCCCGCACCACGUGAAGAUGGCACACCAGAUCCGGGUGCUCCAGGCGCAGCUGCGUCUAGCAGGCGAGCUGGGCGUCGCGGUGAGCAUCCAUGGCGUGCAGGCGCACGGGGUGCUGUUUGAUGCGCUGGCGGCGCUGUGGAAGGGCCAUGAGCGGGAGGUGGUGUCGAGGAAGAAGCAGAAGAUGGUUGCGGCGGGGGCGGAGGACUUUUCGUCGUCAAGUGAGGAUGAGGACGAGGGGGGCGAAUGGUGGGGUGAGGAGGGUAGUGGUGGUGGUGGUGGUGGUGGUGGCCCGUCACAGCCCGCAAAGGUCAAGGAGAAGAAGAAGAAGGACUACAAGCCCAAGCCAUUCCCGCCGAGGGUGUGCUUGCAUUCGUAUAGCGGCUCGCCGCAGAUGAUGCAGCAGUACCUCCACCCGGCCAUCCCCCUCCGGACGUUCUUCUCCCUCUCGACGGUUAUCAACCUGUCGACGGCGGGCGGAGAGAACAAGUUUGCAGACGUGGUCCGGGCGUGUCCCGAUGAUCGGUUGCUUGUGGAGAGUGACCUGCAUUGCGCGGGCGAGGAGAUGGACCGCGUGCUCGAGAACAUCUCGAGGAGGAUAUGUGCGGUCAAGGGUUGGACGCUGGAGGAGGGCCUGACGAGAAUGCGGAAGAACUAUGAAGAGUUUAUUUUUGGCUGA